AUGGACGUGUUUCAGGUGGCGCUUGAUGGGCUGCAGCGGGAGUCCAAGGAAAAGAUCUCGCACGUGCAGGACACCGCGAGUGCGGCUGUGCUGCAAGCGCGUGUCGUGCCACACCGCAUUGCCGUCGCCAUGGCGCAGCGCUUUACCAGUGACCGGGUCGAGUCGUGCUUUCCGGUGCUGUGCUUGCUGGACGCUACACUCGCGCGUACUGCCUCCGCCUCGCCUUCCACAUCGAGUGAGGCUGAUCAGGCGCUGGCGGCCAUCCUCGCCGAGUUUUGGACGUUGGCUCCCGCCGCCUUCCUGUCUGUCCACGGAGCGGGCCAGCCGGCAUGGCGUGAGAAGUGCUUGCGGCUUGUGCGCCGAUGGAAGCAACGCCGGCUUGUACCCGAGCCGCUGAUCACGGAGCUGCUUACGGCGAUGGAGAUGGGGACUGUCAAGGCGGAGGCAGCAGAGGCCCCGGCCGUGACGGGUGUCUCAAGCAACGCAACAUCCGCUGCAGGGACAUCCUCGUCAUUUUCUUCGGCGACCGCAGCGGCAGCCACGACAAGCGGACAGCCGUCGCCGUCCACCACCGUCACUGCAGCCGCUGCUGCCACCACGGCCAUGGCGUCUCCCUCCGCAUCAUACGCGGUGUCGACUCCGCCUUUCACAGCAGCCCAGGCGCGGGCGUUCCGAUCCACUUUGCAGGCGUGCCUCUCCGCCCUGGAGAGUCUGCAGCCCGCGCGAGCCGCCUUGUACCUGGAGCUCGUGCGCUCGCAGCACUUCCACGCGCCAUCCCGCACGUCUCUGGCGUUCUUCGAGGACCUACUGAAGGAGCUGCGGCACGAGGUGACGAUGGCGUCGUCGUCGUCCACCAACCGAGCUGCCAGCGCAGGAGCCAAGGACGGGGCCGACCCGUCGUCGAAUGGGCAGGCCAGAGAGACCUUAGGGAAGCUGCUCGAUCAGUUACACAUCGCCCCUGGCGAGGGGGCGACCGGACUCAGCGCAGGGGGCCGCGCUGCCGCUGCCGGCGCCGCUGGUGCGGGUGCUCACCACAGCGCCGCCACCACGGUCGUCCGCUAUGUGAGCCCUAUCUUCUCGGACAUCUACGCGAGACAGGCGCUUGGUCAACGCGGCACUGGCUUCGGCACGCUUCGGCGCAAGGCAGGACACGGUGGGGCUUCGGGAGGCAGCGCCUUCUACACAUCCUACUACCCCAAAGCAGAGGCGAAUGCGCAGCGGCCGUUUCGCAUCCCACCGGCACGGCAGAUGCAGGGCGGUGCGGUGCGGCUGCACUUCCCUCGCCAGCAAGAGUGGGUGAGCGCUCAGGACAUGGCCGACAUCUCGCAGUAUGCUAGCCGUGGCAUCACGGACAGGGGCCGCAAGCGGACACGCGAAGGGGUCUAG